CUAAAAGUUGUUUUGUUUUCUUUUUUGUAUGGAGGUUUCACCGAGAGUGAUUCAGUUCCAUAUCUGAACCAUCUGUACAACAACAUAAUAAAAUGAAGGACAAUUUUAUAAAUCAAACAAGAAAGGAACUGCCUGAUUCUGAAUCUGCAUGUAAUGGAUAUAACAAUCCUGCUUUCCAGUAUGAAGAAAAACCUGAACAAAAUGACCAUUUAAAGACAACUAAAAAAAAAGAGAAAAAUGAGAAGGCAAAAAAGAAGAUGGUUGGUAUUUUGGAAUUGUUUUACUAUGCCGAUUGGCUGGAUAUCAUUUUGAUGAUAGUGGGCUUGCUGGCAGCUAUAGCGAAUGGGUCUGGAUUGCCACUGAUGAUCAUUGUUUUUGGAGAGAUGACAAACAGCUUUGUGAAGAGUGGCAUGGGAAGAAAUAUCUCUGAAGUUGCUACGCUGGAUAGCUCUGCUUGUGCUCCAAUUCCAGGUGUAGAUAUAGAAGCUGAAAUGACAAAGUUUGCCUACUAUUAUGUUGCUAUUGGUUCUGCUGUAUUGAUACUGAGCACCAUCCAAGUGUGGACAUUUUUGACUUCGGCUACAAGACAGACAGCAAGAAUCCGACAAAAGUUUUUUUUUGCAGUGCUUCACCAGGAGAUGGCUUGGUUUGACACCACCCAGAUUGGAACCUUGAAUACCAGAUUAACAGAUGACAUUAAUACCAUCCAUGAAGGCAUUGGAGACAAGAUCUGUAUAUUUGUACAAUUUUUUGCCACCUUUCUAACGGGCAUUAUUAUAGGAUUUGUCCACGGGUGGAAAUUGACCUUGGUGAUUUUGUCGGUUAGCCCUCUACUUGCUGCCUCAGCAGCAGUUUGGUCAAGGCUCUUGGCCUCACUCACUGUAAAAGAGCUGUCUGCUUAUGCUAAAGCAGGAGCGGUAGCAGAAGAAAUUUUGACUGCUAUCAGGACAGUUGUUGCUUUUAAUGGACAAAAGAAGGCACAAGCAAGAUACGACGCUAACCUAGAGAAUGCCAGAAGUGUUGGAGUGAAAAAAUCCAUAACCACCAACACAUCUUUGGGUCUCUCUCAGUUUCUUAUAUUUGGAUCCUAUGCUCUUGCAUUUUGGUAUGGAACCAAGCUCACAGUGGAAGAGAGAGAAAACUAUGACAUUGGGAGAGUAUUAAUUGUGUUCUUCUCUGUGCUCCUUGGCACGUUCUCUCUUGGACAGGCAUCCCCAAACUUGGAGAGUGUUGCCAAUGCACGUGGUGCUGCCUAUGAAGUAUACAAAAUUAUUAAUAAGCCACGUCUUAUAGAUAGCAGUGACAAAGAAGGAUACAAACCAGAGAGGCUCAUAGGAGAAAUUGAAUUCAAAAAUAUCCAUUUUAGUUACCCAUCAAGACCUGAUAUUAGAAUUCUUAGCGGUCUGAGUCUGAAAGUUCAAACAGGGAAGACCAUUGCUUUGGUUGGUUCCAGUGGCUGUGGCAAAAGCACUACAAUUCAGCUUCUGCAGAGAUUCUAUGAUCCAGUCCAAGGAGAGAUUACCUUAGAUGGGCGAGAUAUUCGAACACUUAAUGUCAGGUGGCUAAGAGAAAAUAUUGGCAUUGUGAGCCAGGAGCCUGUCUUGUUUGCAACUACAAUAGCUGAAAAUAUUCGCUAUGGCAGAGAGGAUAUUAGUGAUGUCGAAAUUGAGCAAGCAGCGAAAGAAGCGAAUGCUUUUGAUUUUAUAUCAAGACUGCCUGAUAAAUUUAAUACUCUGGUGGGAGAAAGAGGUGCUCAGCUGAGUGGAGGACAGAAACAACGAAUUGCUAUUGCCCGUGCCCUGGCAAGGAAUCCCAAGAUCCUCCUUCUGGAUGAAGCCACAUCUGCUCUGGAUACUCAGAGUGAAUCCAUAGUGCAGACUGCUCUUGAUAAGGCUAGGGCUGGACGUACCACCAUUGUGAUAGCUCACAGGCUCUCAACAAUCAGGAAUGCUGAUAUUAUUGCUGGGUUUGAGAGAGGCGUGCUUGUUGAACAGGGAACACAUAAUGAACUCAUGGCACAGAAGGGAGUCUACUAUUCUCUUGUAAUGCAGCAGGGUCAUAAUGAAAAUGUUCAUGGUGAUGAGAUGUCGGAAGGAGAUGAAGAGACAGAAGAUGAGAACUACGAGGAAGCAGAUUUAAAUAAAAUUGGACAACAGAAUUUGACUGAACAUGGUAGCUUUGAAAAAUUAGGAAUCAGUGAAAAAGGAAGCAUUCAUAAGAGAUCCAGCAGGCAUAAGAGCAGGAAAUGCUCUUCUAAGAAAAGGUAUUCUGAAAAGAAGAAGAAAACAAAGGAGAGAGAGGAAGAAAAACUCCCUGCUGUGCCUUACUCCAGAAUUCUGGCUCUGAACGAGCCUGAGUGGUGGUAUAUAUUGUUUGGCGUGAUUGCUGCUGCCAUCUCAGGGGGUGUCUAUCCUGCCUUUGCUGUUAUAUUUGGAAAAAUCAUUGGGGCUUUUCAAGAAACAGACCCUGAUAAGAGGAACAAAAACACUGUGGUGCUUUCUCUUAUGUUUCUUGUGGUGGGAGUGAUCACCUUAGUGACCCACAUCAUCCAAGGAUUCAUGUUUGGAAAGUCUGGGGAAAUCCUAACUAUGAGGUUACGUUCUUUCUCCUUCAAAGCAUUGCUUCAACAGGAGAUUGGGUGGUAUGAUGAUAAUAAAAAUGCUGUAGGAGUUUUGUUAACCAGACUUGCUACAGAUGCCUCCCAAGUCAAAGGGGCUACCGGAAGCCGACUUGGUUUGUUGACUAUGACAGUCUGCACCCUUCUGACUGCCAUCAUUAUUGCUUUUGUAUAUGGCUGGCAGUUAACUUUGCUGAUCCUGGCUUGCAUUCCUUUCAUUAUUGCUACAAAUGCUGUAAGAAUUAGCUCUGUGUCUGGUCAUGCAUCAAAAGAUCAAAAAGCUUUGGAAGAGGCCGGAAGAAUUUCAACAGAAGCUGUUGAAAAUAUAAGAACUGUGGCUUCAUUAACAAGAGAAGAGGCAUUUUUUGAGAAGUAUAAUGCAAGUUUGAAUGGUCCAUACAGGGACUCUUUGAAAAAAGCCCCCCUAUAUGGAUUUACCUAUGGAAUAGCCCAGUGUGCAAACUACUUUAUUAAUGCAGCAGUCUUCAGAUUUGGGGCCUGGCUUAUUGCCCAUUGCUAUACCAACUUUGAAAAUGUUUUUAUAGUCUUUUCUUCAGUUAUAUUUGCUGCUAUGAAUGUUGGGCAGUCCACGUCUUUAGCACCAGAUUAUGGCAAAGCUAAAAUUUCUGCCCAACGAAUCUUUCAGCUUUUGGAUCAGAAACCUCUGAUUGACAGUUACAGUGAAGAGGGGGAAAAAUUGAGUCACUUUGAUGGUAACAUUGAGUUCAGGGACAUCCAUUUUGUAUAUCCAAACAGACCAGAAGUUCAAGUUUUGCAAGGUCUCAAUGUAAAGGUUAACAAAGGACAGACUCUUGCAUUGGUUGGAAGCAGCGGCUGUGGCAAAAGCACGUCCAUUCAGCUCCUGGAGAGAUUUUAUGACCCGGUGGCAGGACAAGUGCUUGCAGAUGGAUUUGAUACUAAGUCUUUGCAUUUGCCCUGGCUCAGAUCCAAAUUGGGCAUUGUGUCACAGGAGCCUAUUUUGUUUGACUGCAGCAUUGCUGAAAAUAUCCAAUAUGGAGACAACAGUAGGGUGGUUAGUCAGGAGGAAGUUGUAGAGGCAGCUAAAGCAGCAAAUAUUCAUACCUUCAUUGAAAAUCUGCCAGAGAAAUACAGUACACGAGUAGGUGACAAAGGAGCACAGCUUUCUGGGGGUCAGAAACAAAGAAUAGCAAUUGCUCGUGCUCUGGUUCGUAAGCCAGCGGUUCUCCUUCUGGAUGAAGCCACAUCAGCUCUUGACACAGAAAGUGAAAAGAUUGUCCAGAAAGCCUUGGAUGAUGCCAGGCAGGGCCGAACCUGCAUUGUUAUUGCUCACCGUUUGACAACUGUGCAGAAUGCUGACAUCAUAGCAGUGAUUCAGAAUGGAAAAGUGGUAGAACAGGGGACUCACAGCCAACUGCUUGCAAAAGAGGGACACUACUAUGAACUUGUAAAUGCACAAGUGUCUCAUUAGAUGACUGCAAGAUUCAUUUUAUUUAUAUAAAGAUACAUAGGCCUACAACUAAGUUGUAUUAAGGCUGAAAGUGCCCAAGUAUUGUCAUCUUGCACUGUUGAGGUUCAAAACACAGCCAUGCUGGGUAUAAUAAAUUUAGAUAGACUUGUU